CCCACACACUCGUCACCAGCGUGUUUCUCGUGAAGUAUUAAAUGAGGGAGAGAACCAUGCUUCUGCACUUCAUUUCACGUCGAAGGAGGGGGGAACAACAGGUUGGAAACCAGUGAGUCAAGCGUUCUUUCUGUUCUUGCAUUUUGUUAAGAUUUUAUUACGAUUAUGUGUGUUUGGUUUUUACCUUUUCACUGACGGUGAAUAACUAUGAACCUGGUGGUGUAUAACUAUUUGCUUUAUGAAAUUAAUCAGGGGAAACUUUUUCGGACAGUAAUGUACAGUCUAAAUUAGGGGCCUCAAACUCGCGGCCCGGGGGCCAAUUGAGGCCCGCGGGAUGAUAUUUUGUGGCCCCCUACUUGACGUCAAAGUUUAGUGUUAGUGCGGCCCGCGCAUUGUUGUCAAACGCAGAUCAUUGCUGAGUCCCUUGCCACACUUUUUUAUCACUUGUGAUAGGGUGACCAGAUGUCCCGGUUUUCCCGGGACAGUCCCAAUUUUGAGUUGCAUGUCCUGAGUCCCGAUAAAAGCCAAAGGACGCUAAAAUGUCCCGGUUUCCACCAACCACUAUGAAAUGUCCCCUGUUGUCAGCGAUUACAUAGCCAAUGUGAUCUAAUUAUAGACUUUUUGUGGCCAAGCCUGACCCAGACUCUACCUCCAGUGGCCCCCAGGAUAAACCAAAGCGGUCAAAUCUGCGAGCAUACGUACGCGCAGUAUGUCCAACAACUGCCUCCGCAUCGGUCUCCUGCUGUCUCUGCUCCAGUGCAGCCAUCAGUCAUGCCUGGCAGGGACAGCCAGCCAGUGCAAGAAUGCAGACUUCCCCCCGGGAAUCAACCUGGCAGGGGAAGGCUUCGACAUCACCAAGAUGGCCCGCAAAGGGGCCUUUGUCAUUGACCUGAAACUCUGGGAGCGCAAGGACAAAACGUGCACCCUGUGCCCCAACCCCUUCCUGGAAGGCAAGAAGCAGAAGCUGCCCCUUUCGGUGACGGACUGGAGGCCCAACCAAUCAUGCAAGAUGAAGCUGUCCAGCAGCACGUACCGGUCCAGCGAGGCCCUGGUCACCUCCAGCUCUUCCUCAAUGACAAACGACUGGAAGACGGAUCUGGAAUUGGGCAAGGCGGGCAACACAGCCUCCUUGAUUCUGGCCGGGACCAAUUCCAAACUGGCCGAAUACUCCAUGGAGAAGACUAAGAGCGACAAGUUCAGCUUCACCAGUCAAAGCAUCUCCUGCGAGUACUACAGCUUUCGGCUCGUACACAAGCCGAGGUUACACAAGGAGUUCUACGCAGCGCUGAAAGACCUUCCCAAGACCUUCUCCCCUGAAAACAAGCAGCGCUUCUACAAACUGAUCGACACCUACGGCACCCAUUACAUCACUCAGGUGAAACUGGGCGGGAGUGUGAAGUCAGUGACCAGCAUCAGGCAGUGCAUGGCCAGCCUGCAGGGCCUCAGUGCGGAGGAGGUGGAGAUGUGCCUUCAGGCCGAGGCCGCUGUAAGCAUCGGCGUCCAGAAUUUGAAAUCCGAAGGGAAGCACUGCAACAAGGACAUCCAGAAAUCUGACAGCAAGUCCAGUUUCUCCAGCAUGUUCAACGACAGGUUCACCGAGAUAGAAGGAGGAGAGACCACGGAACCGGAUCUGCUCUUUUCCGCGGGCAAGGACCCCUCCGCCUACAAAGCCUGGCUGGACUCGGUGCCCCGGCUCCCCAACCUUGUGUCCUACUCCCUGAGCGCCCUGCACGAGCUGCUGCCCGCCAAGAAAUGGGAUGUGAAGCGCAAGCACCUGCGCACGGCCAUCUCGCACUACAUCCUGGAGAGGGCCCUGAUGAGGAACUGCUCCGAGCGCUGCAAGACCGGUGUCAGGCGCUCCCAGAGCGAGCCCUGCGCCUGCAGCUGCCAGGGCGACCCGGCCGUGACCCCCGACUGCUGCCCCUCGCGCCGGGGCAUGGCCCGCGUGCUGAUCACCGUCCAGAAGGCCACCGGGCUGUGGGGGGACAGCACAACCUCCACUGACGGCUUCGUGAAGAUCACAUUCGCCGGGACGGUCAGGAGACAAACCCCUGUGUGGGUCAACAACAACAACCCGACGUGGGGCAGCGUCUUCGACCUGGGCGACCAGGACCUGUCCGCCGGCCGGACCCUGCGCCUCGAGGUGUGGGAUCAGGACAGCGGCUGGGACGACGACCUUCUGGGGACCUGUGGGAAGGUUGUGGGCCAGGGCGUGACGGAGGAGGUGUGUGCCCUGCAGCAUGGCCGGCUGUACUUCAAGUGGGAGGUGAGGUGCGCGCCCAGUCUGGGAGGAGCCGACUGCAUGGAGUACAAAGCCUCCCCGAUGAGCCAGCAGCUGCAGAAGGCGUUCGUAUCGCGCCACAGCCAGCGCGUGCCCCAGGCCUUGCUGAAGGAGAACGGGGUGUUUCUCGCGGUGCCUGGGCGCCACGGGAACCAGAGUGCCACCUCCCCUGCUUUGCCGUUUUUCCCGGCACCGUGAGGUGUGACAAGCCGAAGUAUUGUGCGUGAAUUCACCUCCAGCCAAUAGUUACGGCAGGCUGAUGGGGUUGCAAAGGCAAAGCGUAAACAAGAUACCGAACGGAAUUGUUUGCAAACACGCAUUUUCAAAUGCAUUUUAUUCUUUAUCCAUAUUUAUUUUUGGUGAUAUAAACAAUGUUAUGACUAACAUUACUUGUAUAUGUAUACAUCUAUUCCAUUUCUUCCUCUUACUGCAGCACCUGCUCAAAUCACACCGUCAACAAUAUUACACUUUUGUUUGCAAUAGCAUGGUUUACUCUUCGGCUACUGCAUCUCAAACCAGCGUGCCUUUGGGCUUGCACUACCAAUUCAGAGUGUAAUAUUCUGAGUGAAUAAAGCGUGUGGCAAGCAUUCUUGUUUCAAAUUUUAUUUUGUAUUGAGCUGGUGGAAACUGUGGCGGUCUUGAUGAACGAAGGAAGUGGUUGGGACUUCCUGUCAGCGCUAGAUACUUUUGAAACCCUCGAGUAGAAAGAAGGACGCACGUCGACUUGGUGUACACUUUAUUCAUCGCUGACAGAUGGUCGAUCAUCGGGUCAAACAAGUGUUCGACGUGCGUCGGACACUUGAUUUCCAUCUUUGUUGACGUUCUAUAGUCAACAUGUCAUGUGUAAGCAUACACUUGAAUAUCAUGCCAUGUGUGGACACUUAGGGGAAGGCGACAGACGCAUGUGGGAGACACAGCAGGGGCGACAUGAGGGAACAGAGACACACACAAGACACUCAAAGUCGAGGACCUCGAACAAAACCAGACAAGACAAGAACACACAAGAACCACAUGUAACAUGAAUUGACAAACCGUAAAAAAACAACAAGAAUA